UUUUGUUCUUAAGGAAGAAGAUGGCCAUGGCGGUGACUCUGAUGAUCUCUGCUGUUCUUCUUGCUUCAGGUUUCGGGAUAGAGGCAUUGUCGUAUGACUACACAACUCAUGUCGAGUGUUUGUCAAGGCCAGAAGAGGCUCAAUACAAGGGAGGGAUAGUGGAGAACCCAGAGUUGAACGAUGGGUUGAAAGGAUGGUUGGCAUUUGGGAGUGCAAAAAUAGAGCAUAGAGAAGAAGCAAAUGGCAACAAAUUCAUAGUGGCACGUGCAAGGAACCAUCCAUUUGAUGCCUUCUCCCAGACUCUUCACUUGCGUACAAACCUCAUCUACACAUUUUCUGCUUGGGUACAAGUGGACGAGGGAAAAGCUGACGUGGUAGCAGUUAUAAAAACAAGAACUGGUUAUGUACACGUGGCAGUUACUACCGCCCAAUCAAAUUGCUGGUCCUUCCUCAAGGGCGGCCUCACUGUCAGCGAAUCAGGUCCAGCUGAGCUCUACUUCCAGAGCAACAACACUAUGGUGGAAAUUUGGGUGGAUAGCGUCUCAUUGCAACCAUUUACUCAAGAACAAUGGAAAGCUCAUCAAGACCAUGCCAUUGAGAAGUAUCGCAAGAGGGUAGUGAAGAUCCAAGCUAUCGAUAGAGAAGGAAAUCCCCUCUCCAAUGCAACCAUCUCUCUGCUACAACGGCGGCCGGGCUUCCAUGUCGGCUGCGCUAUCAACCAGAACAUUCUCAACAACUCCCCCUACCAGAACUGGUUCCUCUCCCGCUUCACCACCACCACUUUCGAGAAUGAAAUGAAGUGGUACAGCACCGAGAGGACGCAGGGACGUGUCGAUUACUCCGUACCGGACGCCAUGAUCCAGUUCACUAAGCAGCACAACAUCGCCGUCCGUGGCCACAAUAUCUUUUGGGACGACGAAACCUACCAACAAGGUUGGCUGAAAUCGCUCUCGAAGAAUGAUCUCUUUAGUGCCGCCCGACAGAGACUCGAUUCGGUCAUGGCGAAGUACCGAGGGCAAGUGAUUGCUUGGGAUGUGGAGAAUGAGAAUCUCCAUUUUGAUUUUUUUGAGAGAAAAUUAGGGUCGGCUGCUUCCGGUAUGUUUUAUAAUUGGGCGAUGAAACGCGAUGGAUCGAUUCCGUUGUUUAUGAAUGAGUAUAAUACAAUCGAGAAUAGCGGCGAUGCGGCAUCUUCUCCCGCAAAGUACCUCCAAAAGCUGGAUUCUAUCAGGCACUAUUCUGGUAAUAGCGGCGGCAGAUUCGCGAUUGGACUGGAAUCGCAUUUCGGACCUUCUCCUAACAUUCCUUACAUGAGAUCCGCCAUUGAUACCCUUGGUUCUGCCGGAGUACCGAUUUGGCUCACCGAAAUCGACGUUUCUAACUCGCCAAAUCAGGCUCAAGACUUGGAACAAGCAUUAAGAGAGGGAUUUGCUCAUCCAAAAGUGAAUGGGAUUGUGAUUUGGUCAGCUUGGUCGCCAUCGGGAUGCUAUCGAAUGUGCUUGACAGACAACAACUUCAACAACUUAGCUACUGGUAAUGUUGUGGACAAGUUGCUUAAAGAGUGGGGAAUCAAAGACUCAAUCACUGCUACAACAGAUGCCAAUGGCUUCUUUGAAGCAUCACUUUUCCAUGGAGAUUAUGAAAUGCAAAUCUCUCACCCGUCUGUCACCAACCCUUCCCUCAAUGCUCAGAAGUUCAGUGUUCUUGCUGCACCAGAACAGGAAUCACCUUUACUGGUUCACGUUGAAGCCUGAUCAUUUGGGUGUUGAUGAUGAAGCUUAAUAAUUGAAUCUCUGUAACAAUUGUAACAAUU